GAGCCAAAAUACUGCAAAUACUGGAACAGGCCUCAACAAAACACAUAUUUCGAUAACACGAGAUAUUUGACACGAGGAAACACGAUUUGUCUGUAAAUGAGUUCAAAAGUGAUAAUAACACUUACAAUGAACUACAACUGAAAACGACAAAUGUGCAACAACAGAGAAGUGAAAUAAUCAGCUUUAUUUUAUUGGUGUGAUGUUGUGAUGAUGGACUCAGAGCGGAUCUCCUCAGGUGUGCAGGUCGCCCAUGUUGUCGUACCUGAUCUCCAGAUAAAAAUCAUCACACUGUUGGUGCUGUUCUGUGCCAGUCUGCUGUGUGGCUUCAGUCCGCUCUGGGUCAUGAGACGGGCAGCACACUGCAGCUCUGAUCCAGGGACUCGGCACAGAGUGUUGAGUUUGAUGUUCUGCUUUGCUAGAGGGGUUUUUCUAGCCACCUGUCUGCUGGAUCUGCUCCCAGAAAACCUGCGCAACAUGAGACAGACAUUCAGUCAUCUCGGGGUCACACUUCGUUUCCCGCUGCCCGAGUUCGUCCUGGCCAUGGGUUUCCUCAUCGUCUUUGUGGUCGAACAAAUGUUGUUGGCUUUCACAGACCAGUCAUGUGAUCUCUCUUAUGAAAAGCAAACGCUGCUGGACUGUAACAUCCGUGAAAGAGAAACUUCCAAACAUUCUCCAGGUUUCUCCAGGAAACGGCUUUCAUGGAUGGAUGGAUCCCAUUGGCCAGAGAGUGUGAGGUCACAUGUAGGCCUGCGUGUGUUUCUGCUGAUGUUCUGUCUGUGUCUGCGUGCCGUCUGCGAGGGUGUGUCUGCAGGACGACAGCAGGACCGAGAGAGACUCCUGGAGACGUGUUUGAUGUUGCUCCUUCAUGAGGGAAUCAUCGCCGUCAGUCUAGCGUUCACACUGACUCAUCAUCAUCUGCGUCGGACCGUGGUGACAGGCUGUCUGCUUCUCUUCUCCAUCACGUGUCCGGCCGGGAUCGGGCUCGGCAUCAGUCUGGCAGAGAUGGAUGCGAGUCCUGAGGUGCAGCUCGUUCGCUCUGCUGUGGAGGGUCUGACGUCAGGCAUCUUCAUCAAUGUCAGUGUGAUGGGUUUCAUGCAGAAUCAAGCGGACUCUCCGAAGCAUCGCAUCCAUAAAGUAGCUGCUCUCCUCACUGGCUUUGCACUCGUUACUGCUGUUCUGUUCAUUAAAGUCUGAACAGUCUCCUUCAGGGUGUUUUGUGAAGGAGUGCAUCAUCACAGAAAUUGUUUUAUGCGUUAUGAUGAUGAUCACAGAAAAUAUUUUUGAUUCAUCCCUCUUUUAUAAAAAUUCAAAUAAAAUAAUUGCUGAUACCGUAGAAGAGAAUGCAGCCAGUCACAUCAUUUCAAAAGUAUAGUGACAAGAUGUAAACAAGAUACAGUUCUUUGACAAGCAAAAUGGCAUAAGAUAUUUUGAUUGUUUUAAGCAUAAACUUCACUACAUUUUUAUCAGAUUGUCAGAACAUCUUUAUGUCAUCCUGCUUGUCAAGUAAACAGAACUUGUUUUAAGAAUAUUUAGAUAUUUUUUACUGGAAAACCAGACAAAAAUAUUAGUUUUUCUCGAUUGCUUAAACACUAUAACCAGGCUUUUGAACUAAAAUUUCAAAACCAUAACGCCAUUUAUCAAAAAGCUCACCCAUUUCCCUGAACUAUAAACACAUGAGUCAGGUAUGUUGAACUGUCACUGCAAAACUCUACACACAAAACUCUACACCAUGUGGUCAUUUAGAAAGCACUAGCAUUCAGUAUUGUUCACUCAAGUCAGCACAGCUUGAGCUCAGUUAGCACACAAUUACCCAGAUGGAAACACUCCAUCAAAACUGUCAAAACUGAUCACGCACCAAUCAGAACCUUCAAUAGAUAGAUAAAAGGGCCCGAGUCAUUCAGUUCAUUCAGUUUUGGAAUAAUGGAUCCAGAGAGACGUGAAGGAAGAGGUCGAGGACACUGGAGAGGAGGAAGAGGAGGAGGAGGAGGACGAUGAUGACAAGGAAGAGGAAGGGCACGGAGAUAAGCAGUCUCAGAUGAAAUUCUGAAUUCGUGCCACUCUAGUUGACCAUGUCCUUGUCCAUGGUGUGACUAUGAGGGAGCCAGCACAACCAGAGCAGCCUCGCUAUGUUGUUGUUUGGGAUAACAUCAGCUUCCAUCGUGCUGCUCUGGUUCAUGACUGGUUUACCAAUAACCUGAGGUUUUCCAACACCUGUCUGCCUGCAUACUCUCCCUUUCUAAACCCGAUAGAGGAGUUUUUUUCGGCAUGGCGGUGGAAAGUGUAUGACUGAGAACCUCACAUCCGUGUUCACCUCCUCCAGGCCAUGGAACAAGCCUGCCUAGACAUUUCAGUUGAUGCGUGCCAGGGGUGGAUCAGGCAUGCAAGAGGAUUUUACCCCCGCUGCCUGGCUAGGGCCAAUAUAGCCGGUGAUGUUGACGAGAUUCUCAGGCCUGUCCCAGACCAAAGACGGGAUGCUGGGGUAGAAUAAUUAUUUUGUUGUUGUUUGGUGUAUUGUACAGUACAUUUAAGGAAUAAAACAUUUGCAAAUGUA